AUGUCUUCUCUCUCUUCACCUCUUCUUCUUCCUUCUCUUCUUCCUGCUCUUCUUCAUUUUUUCUGUCUUUCUUUUCUUCUCUUCUUUUUCGUUUCAGUCUUUUUCUCUUCCUCUUUUUCUUCUUCUUUAGUCUUCGUUUUCUUUUCAAUUAACGUCUUCUUUCUCUUCUUUCUCCUCUUCCCCCUUCUCAUCCAGGUUGAUUCCAUCUCUCACCCUCCACCACUCUCUCACCUCUCUCUCACCUCUCUCUCUCUCUCUCUCUCUCUCUCUCUCUCUCUCUCUCUAGUUGCUCCUGUUGUUUCAUCUAUCUUUCUAUCUCCUCCUCUCCAUGCUUCCCUCUCUCUCUCUCUUAUUCUCUCUCUCUCUUAUUCUCUCUCUCUCUCACUCUCUCACACACACACACUCACUCGUUUGUUCCACAGUUUCCUUCUAUCUCAUGUUUCUGUCUGUUUCUGUCUAUCUAUCUAUUUAAAUCUGACUAGCCCUGUUUGUUUUUCUAUCUAUCUAUCUAUCUAUCUAUCUAUCUAUCUAUCUAUCUAUUAUAGUCUGUUUAUAUCUCAGUCUGUUUACAUGUAUGUAUGUAUCUAUCUCAGUUUACUUCUAUCUAUCUAUCUAUCUAUCUAUCUAUCUAUCUAUCUAUCUAUCUAUCUCAUUCUUUCUCUUUCUUUCUAUCUGAUCCUGUUUGUUUCUUUCUGUUUCUCUUUAUUCUUGAUUCUGCUUUUCUAUUUACUUAUCUAUUUCAUUCUUUUUUCUUUCUUUCUUUUUUCUUUCUUUUUUUUCUUUCUUUCUGUAUAUCUCAUUCUGCUUCUAUCUUCCUUUUUCACUCUGUUUUUCUCUCUUACUCUGUUUUUCUAUCUAUCUGCCAAUCGCAUUCUAUUCCUCCCUAUCUGUCUCACUCUUUUUCCUUUAUUAAAAAAUUAUUUUAUUUCUAAAUAUAUAAUUUGGACUAUUCAAUCAUUCUAUCUUUCUUUCUUUCUUUCUUUUUUUUUUCUUUUUUCUUUCUUUCUUUCUUUUCUUCUUUCUUUUUUUUUUUUUUCUUUCUUUUUUUUUUUCUUUCUUUCUUUUCUUUAUUUUUCUUUUUUUGUUUCGCUUUUCUAUUUCAUUCCUUCUUUUAUUCUUUCUUUCCUUCUUUCCAUGAACAAAAAAAGAAUUUGUUUUUUUUUUUGCUCUUUCUCCAUUUCUUUCUAUCUUUUCUUCGUUUCUUUCUUUUUAUUUCCUUUUUAUUUUUAUUCUUUUUUUUUAUAUAUUUUUCGAUCUUUCUUUCUUUUUUAA